AUGGAGAAUAUGGCUAAGGAGACUGUAAAAGCUUAUUUAGCGAUAACAAAAAAGAAACCGGCUAGAAAAAGAAAAUCAAUAAGUUAUACUAAAAGUUCUAAGGAAGUAAAUCAUCUAUCUGAUCCAGACUACAUGAAAAAACCCAAAAAACAAACCCCAACAUCAUUUGAUAUGUCAGAAGAUUUUUCCACUUUAUUGAUGUAUGAUAAAUAUUCACCAUAUCUUGUUUGUGUAUUUAAUGCAAUAAUAAAUCACAUUAAAGAAACUAUUGAUAAGGGAACUUAUAGAGAAAUUGAAAAGUUGUUUCUAAUGAAAAAUCGAUUGGUUUUGUAG